AUGGAUGGGAAAGCAGCACCCAACGGCGUGGCCACCAUCGAGGACAGGAUCUUACGGAUCACGGGCUACUAUGGAUAUUACCCGGGCUACUCCAGCCAGAAAAGUGCCUCACGAUCAUCUGUCAUCCAAUGCAAGCCAGGAGGCAACUGCCCCAGCAGACACAGAGGCAUGACUAGGCAGCUCUCCCCUCUAUCUGUGGCUGAAGAUUCUGCUGCUCCCAUUCUUGAGCUGCAGAAUCGAAGUCCCUCGGGAAUCUGUCGGCACAGCAGAGUCGAGAGGCAGAGCAGAUCAGGAGAAGAAGGAACACAAGCGCACACGGAGAGCAGCAGCCAAGAAGCUGAGGGACAGACACGGUGCCAGUCUUGCACAUCCACGUUUCUUAAGCUCAUUUGGAGAUUUCUGAUCAUUUUGUCCGUCUCUUCCUCCUGGGUUGGGACAACGCAGUUUGUCAAAAUCACCUAUGAGACAUUUGACUGUCCUUUUUUCAUGACUUGGUUCUCAACAAACUGGAACAUUAUGGUAUUUCCCAUUUAUUAUUCUGGGCACCUUGCAACUGCACAAGAGAAGCAGUCUCCAAUCAAAAAAUUCAGGGAAUGCAGUCGGAUUUUUGGUGAAGAUGGUCUGACGCUGAAACUCUUUCUUAAAAGGACUGCUCCCUUUUCUAUUCUGUGGACUUUGACUAACUACUUGUAUUUACUGGCUUUAAAGAAGCUGACAGCCACAGACGUCUCUGCUCUGUUCUGUUGUAACAAAGCUUUUGUCUUCUUGCUUUCUUGGAUUGUGCUGAAAGACAGGUUCAUGGGAGCAAGGAUAGUCGCAGCAAUAAUGGCAAUCACAGGAAUCGUAAUGAUGGCAUAUGCAGAUGGUUUCCAGGGUGAUUCAAUUAUCGGGGUAGCAUAUGCUGUUGGAUCAGCCUCUACAUCUGCACUGUAUAAGGUUUUGUUCAAGAUGUUUCUUGGCAGUGCGAAUUUUGGAGAGGCUGCUCAUUUUGUUUCCACCUUGGGCUUCUUCAAUUUAAUUUUCAUCUCUGUUACCCCAAUCAUACUGUAUUUUACGAAGGUGGAAUACUGGUCACCCUUCUCUGCUGUGCCGUGGGGCUUCCUGUGUGGAGUAGCUGGCCUCUGGUUAGCCUUCAACAUUCUGGUUAACGUUGGCGUCGUGCUUACGUACCCCAUUCUGAUCUCCAUUGGCACAGUGCUCAGCGUCCCUGGGAAUGCAGCUGUGGAUCUGUUGAAGCACAAAAUGAUCUUCAGCGUGGUGAGGUUGGGAGCCACCAUCAUCAUUUGCAUUGGGUUCCUGCUGAUGCUGCUCCCCGAAGAGUGGGACGAAAUAACCCUGAGGUUCAUCAACAGCUUAAAGGAGAAGAAAAGUGAGGAUCACGCCGACGACAUCACAGACUCCAGUGUACACACGAGAAGCAGAAGUAGAGCCAAUGGCACAGUGUCUAUACCACUAGCUUAG